UCAUCAAGAGUUAAUUACUUGAAUUUCUUGUCUCUUAAUAAAGUGUUUGAGAGCAUCAGUUAAAGUAAAGUAGUGAAGAGGUAGAGUUACAGGUAUACAGUGAAUAUUUAAAUAAAGUUAUAAUCUGUGUUAUAAGAAGCAAGAGCUACUCAAUUAAAUAAAGAAAAAAAAUACUUUAAGACAUUUUUAUGAAUGGUCUCAAAGACCAUUAAAAACUUCAUGAUGGAACUGGCUCUCAUCAGUUGUACAGCAUAAGUUCAUCAGAGUUACCAGCCUCAGCAACUGCUAAAAGUUAACAGCUCCCCAGAUAAGAGCAUCUAAAUGCUUCUUUACAGAGUAUUUUUUUUAACACUUUUAAGUUACUACAUGAUUCCUUAUGUGUUCCUUCAUAGUCUGAUAGAUCACUUCACCAUUCAUUUACUAUGGAAAAAGAAGAAAACUGGAUAAGAAGUUGUGUCCAUCCUCUUGGCUGGUACUGUAGUUUAUCUAGACUGAUACUGUAUUGUUAAACUAAAGAUAAAUUAGAUAAUCAUGCAAUUAAAAACCCAAUUCUGCUGACCACACAGAAACAAGCGGGUCAUCAGCUGUGCCAGCAGAGCAAAACAUCACUGACUGAGCAUAAACUGACACUGUGAUGUCAGCGCUUUUCAGAAGUGUACAGUGUUCAAUCCGCCCACAUGAAAACACUGGGAGCUCUGUUUUCAGAGCUCUGACCUGCUGCUGCUUUAGUGUGGAUGGGAAUCUACAAGAUGCUCCACAUGUAGACAUGGCUUCAGAUUUGGGCUUCAUGGAUGAUCUGAGUGACUGGUUUGUUGCCGAGCUGAAUGAGGUGUUGGAGGACGAUGAUGAACCAGUCGCUAAACCAGUGCCUGCUCCCACACCUGCCCAGCGCUCUAACCUGCCAUCUAAAUCCACCCCAACUACCCCGAGUGGGGCGGGAGGGCUGGAGUCCCAGCUACAGGAGCGCAUUGAAAUGUACCAGACUGCCAUAACCAACGCCAACGCAGCAGGAGAGACCAGCAAGGCUCGCCGAUACGAUCGAGGCCUGAAGACACUACAGACAAUGCUGACCUCUGUGAAAAAAGGUAAACCUAUCAACGAGGAGGAAAUCCCGCCCCCUGUAGCCACUGGAGGCAAGCCCACCCCUGCACAGCAAUCUGAACCAGUCAGAGAAAGGGAAGAGCCAGCCCCGGCGUACACUCCACCACAGCGAACCAAUGAGAAGCCUUUACAGGAGGCGAAACCUGUAGCCCCGCCUAAGCCUCAGCUCCUACAGCCGCCCAAUCAGAAGCCAGUGGCUAAAACGCCAGAUACACCUGCAAUAUCACCGCUAACCCCCAGCCAACCUAAUGCUCAGCAUUCAGAGCUAAAGGCGAGUGUAUUGAGCAGACAGAGGGAGUAUAAACUGGCUGCUAUUCAGGCCAAACAGAGUGGAGACACAGAACUGGCCAAACAGCACUACCUCAUCGCCAAGAAACUGGACUCGGUGGUAGAAGCAGUCGACAGAGGAGAGCCAAUAGACACUAGCUCACUGCCGCCCCCUCCAGGUGCUGUUACAGUUCAGAAAUCAGCUCCUCCUCCUUCUCAGUCUUCAUCCAUUAAACCAGCCGCUGCUCCUGCACCCAGUAGUGCUCCCGCUUCAGAUGCUCCAGUUCCUGCUCCACGUAACCUAGCUGAGGCCCUGCAGCAGCGCAUGGACAAAUACAAGAGUGCAGCAGAAACGGCCAAAAGCAAAGGAGACGACCGCAAAGCACGCAUGCACCAGCGUAUCGUCAAGCAAUACCAAGAUGCAAUCAGAGCUCACAAGGCAGGACGACCUGUCAACCUUGCAGAACUACCUGUGCCUCCAGGCUGCCCCCCUCUACAGGGCUCUGAAAGUGGUCAAAAUUUUAUGGGAGUUUUAGAGACAGCUGUGAAACUGGCCAAUCAGGACGCGGAUGAAGAGGAUGAUGAUGGAUCUGAAGAGGAAGGAGCGAAGCCAGCUGUUCGUCCAGCUGUUCAGAAAGCUCGAGCUCCAGCCCCUCCUCAAGCCUCCGCCCCCGCCCCUAAACUGGGACCUAAAUCCCAGCAGCAGCUGGAGUUCCUGAUGAGCCGCAGGCAGCAGUUUGUGAAGGCGGCUCUGCGCUCUAAACAGAUGAAGGACGUUCAGGGAGCAGCUCAGCAUCUCCGCAACGCCAAGGGUCUGGACAACAUGAUCUCCGCCACUAAAUCAGGCCUGCCUGUGGACAUCAGCAAGGUUCCUGCCGCUCCAAUCAGUGAUGAGGAUUAUACCCUCUCUCGCUCUCGCGCCUCACCUCUCUCACCUCGCUCCGCCCAGCAGUACACCCAGCUCAUGGACCUCCUCAAGCAGCAGCACGAGAAAUGCCUGACCUACUCCCAGCAGUUCACUCAUAUGGGUAACGUGGCCGAGACUGCCAGGUUUGAGAAGCUGGGAGAGGAGUGUAUGAAUAAUAUUGAUCUGCUGAAGAAAGCUCACGCUAAGGGUCUUCCAGCACCAACCCAUCACACAGAGGAACGCACCUUCAACACUGUCAAGAUCUUCCCUAACCUGACGGCCAAUGAUUUGGUGCUGACAAUCGUAAAAGGAAUCAACCUGCCAACUCCUCCAGGAGUUUCAGCGAGUGAUUUAGACUCCAGCGUCCGCUUUGAGUUUCCCUUUCCUAGUGCGGAAGAAGCUCAGAAAGACAAAACCAGCACUGUGAAAAGCACCAACUGCCCAGAGUUUAAGGAGCAGUUUAAGCUGCACAUUAACCGAACACACCGUGGCUUUAAGAGGGUGGUCCAGGCCAAAGGCAUCAAGUUUGAGGUCAUACACAAAGGUGGCCUCUUUAAGCAGGAUAAAGUGGUGGGAAAUGCUCAGCUGAAACUGGAAGCUCUGGAGAAUCAGUGUGAGAUCCGGGAGAUUAUAGAGGUGCUGGACGGGCGGAAGGCGACAGGCGGUAAGCUGGAGGUUCGUGUGAAGAUUCGGGAGCCGCUGGGUGGCGUUCAGCUGCAACCAGUGACUGAGAAAUGGAUCGUACUGGACCCCAUUACCAUCACACCAGACAGAGAGAGACACAAAGAAAGGGCUCCUUCACCAAAAUCCAAACCUCGAAAUGAUCACUCCAAGAACAGCCAACCUAGACUCUCCCCUCCUCAGUACAAACUGUACAGCUUCAGCCUCCUUAACUACGACAGGGAGAGAAUGGAAAGAAGGAUUGGAGAGUAUAAAAAAAACAGACGGGAUCCACCAGCAGACCUGAUAAACCAGCAUAAAGACGUGUGCCACAGACUGCACUGGCAGAAAUCCUACCUGGAGAGAGGGUCCUCAGCAGCACUGACUGAGUAUGACAAUGUGUUGGGAAAGAUCACUCAUGGUCUCGCUGAGUCAGUGAAGAAGCUUUCCAGUGAAGGGAAUAGAGAUGCAGCUAAAGAUGCUCUGGGGAGGCUGAAGCUGGUGGAGGCAGAGUUGGAGUCUCUCCGGAGGAAGCGCAGUGUGUGAGGGACUUCUGAAGGAUACAGAAUUGCACUUUGGGCUCUAAAACUGUUGUCAUAUGCAUACACACACACACACACACACACACACACAUACAAAACACACAUACACACACACAAACACACACACACACACACUCAUUUGCUUCCUUGCCUUGAUUCCUGUUGCCUCUUAUUCAUACACUCCUCUUAUUGUCUCCAAUUCACCUGCAGCCUCACACACCUGGAAUGAGUUUCAGUGUGUGUCCAGUUCAUUGGCUGCCUCCCUUUAUGGACUCCUGGAUUGUCGUCACCCAUUAUGACAUCACUGGGAAAUCCGCUACUCUGACUGACAUCAUGCUGAAAUCAUCCACAAUGACCUCAUACAGCUACAUACAGCUCUGGAAAAAAAUAACAGAACACUUAGUUUCUGAAUCAGUUUCUCUGAUUUUGCUAUUUAUAGAUUUAUGUUUGAGUAAAAUGAACAUUGUUGUUUUAUUGUAUAAACUACAGACAUUUCUCCCAAAUUCCAAAUUAACAUAUUUUUUAUGCAGCAAAUGAGAAAUGUCUGAAAUAACAAAAACGAUGCAGAACUUUCAGACCUCAAGUAAUACAAAGAAAACAACAAGUUCAUAUUCAUAAAGUUUUAAGAGUUCAGAAAUCAAUAUUUGGUGGAAUAACAAAGUUUUCAUGCAUCUUGGCAGCAUGUUCUCCUCCACCAGUCUUACACACUGCUUUUGGAUAACUUUAUGCUGCUUCACUCCUGGUGCAAAAAUUCAAGCAGUUCAGUUUGGUUUGAUGGCUUGUGAUCAUCCAUCUUCCUCUUGAUUAUAUUCCAGAGGUUUUCAAUUUGGUAAAAUCAAAGAAACUCAUCAUUUUUAAGUGCUCUCUUAUUUUUUUCUGAGCUGUAUAUAUUUGAUGUAAUUAUUGGAUUUCUGUUUAUGCUGUAAUAGACAGUGGAUGAUUCCAUUAUGAUGUCAUAUAACCAGUGGUUCUCCAGUGAUGCCACAGUGGCAUUAAUUACAGUGUGAUGUCAUAGUGCAUGACUCCAAUGUGAUGUCAAAUUGGAAGAUUCCCCUGUGAACGUCACAGUAUAUGAUAUUCUCCAUGUAGCGUUUUAAUAGACGAUAACCGUGUGAUUGAUGUCGGUGUGGAUGAUUCCAACGUGAUGUGAUCAUAGGUGAUUCUUCAGUGAUGUCAUAAGAGAUGAUUCCCCUGCAGAUGUCACUAUAGUUUCUUCUCCAGUAGAGUUUUUUCUUCUGAAGAUGAUGUCACUAUUGGAGAUUUUCUAGUGAUGUAACGGUUAUCAUUGCUGUCCCAAUAUUACCUCAUAAUAUUUUUUUCCGCCAUUUUUUAAAUACAUUUCAUUACAGACCAACAGAAAACUUGGAUAGGCAAACAUUUCAGUUGUUUGUUAUUUUGAUGAGUUUAGUUUGUGUGUGUUAAGAAGGGUUUUUUCCACUUUGUUUUCUUAGAUAUGGGCCUGGAUUCACAAAAGCUUUCCAAAGAAAAACUUUAUGAAGAAUCUUGACAAACAAAAAAAAAAAAAAAAAAUAGUUCUUAAAAGCAGUUCUCCAAAUCACUUUUUAAAAAAGUGCUUAUUAAAUAUUAUCUAUUUAUUAAGUAAAAGUUUCAAUUCCCUGAUCUUCUAGAGUCAUUUGUAACACAAACUUUUAUUCUGCUUCCUUUUAUUAACUAAAAAAGAUGCAUUUUUUUUUAGUUUUCCAUUAUCCCCCUAUAUCAUAUUAAAGAAGAGCCGUUUUUGAAAAUACCAUGGGAAUUUUUUUUUUUUUACGAAUAACUAUUUUCCCUGGCUUAUAUUUUUUUUAAAAAUGAAGAAAAAAAAGCAAGAUUUUUUUUUUUGGAUGGUUUUGUGAAUCCCUUCUCUGACCCAUCUAUUAAUAUACAGCUCUGGAAAAAAAUGAGACCACUUAAAAAUUGAGUUUCUUUGAUUGUACCAAAUUAAAGCAGCAUAAAGUUAUCCAAAAGCAGUGUGUAAGACUGGUGGAGGAAAACAUGAUGCCAAGAUGCAUGAAAACUGUGAUUAAAAACCAGGGUUAUUCUGCCAAAUAUUGAUUUAUUUGAAUUAUUUAAUUUCUGCAUCUUUUUUGUUAUUUCAAUCAUUUCUCAUUUUCUGCAAAUAAAUGCUCUAAAUGACUUAAAUAUUUAUUUGGAAUUUGAGAGAAAUGUUGUCUGUAGUUUAUAGAAUAAAACAACAAUGUUCAUUUUACUCAAACAUAAACCUAUAAAUAGCAAAAUCAGAGAACCUGAUUCAGAAACUGAAGUGCUCUUAAUUUUUCCCAGAGCUGUAUAUACAGACACUAUGUAUGAAGUUUUGAAAAGUAGCUUUAAUACAUUUAUUAAACACUACAGUCCUACAGAAGACACUACAUUAGUCAUAUUGCUCAAUAUCUCUUUAUCUCUUCAUCUCUCUCUCUCUCUCUCUUUAUCUCUCUUUAUCUGUCUUUCUCUCACCUCCCCCACCCAUGCCACUCAUGCCAGUGUCAGCAAGAAUGUGUGUUUGUGCGUGUGUGUGUGUGUGUGUUCACGCUCUAAUGUAAAUGUUGUAAAUCCUGCUGCAGAGCCGUGUGUAUAAUAGCAGUUUAGGCGUAAUCUGGCCUCUCCACUACUCUCUCUCACUGCAGCUUAUCCCGACCUCGCACGCCCGGAGUGCUCUGAUAGGGAACUAAUGCCAACACCCUGAGGGGCAAAAGGAAAAAGGCUGGGGCAGAAAUGGCUUGGGAGGGGACGAGCAGGGGGAUCAUAUUCCCUAAUAAUCAGGGAUUAACCCCCGUCUGGUUGCCCUGGUGACCUUUGAUUGACAGGGGUGUUGUAGGGAUCUGUAAAGAGAGAGAGAGAAUGAAUGUAGAAUAGGGGGCUUUGAGAGGGGAAGGGUUCAAAGGGAGUGUGUGUGUGUGUGUGUGUGUGUGUGUGUGUUGGAUAUGAUGAAGAGCAGAUGGGUAGAAUCUUAAAGAGAGCUUAAACUCUUUGUUGUCUGAUAUGCUGAGAGGGUGUGUGCAUGUUGUAUGUUUGUGUGUGUGUGUGUGUGUGUGUUUUAAUAGGGUUUCGUAUCCAUCCUGUAACAAAAGAAAAAUAUCUAUUUUUCUCCUUUUUGUCCAUAAAACUCCAGUAGCAGCACCUUUAACCCCUUAAACUGCAGGUGUAUUGAUCAGUUAUCAGUUUCUUUGAUUUUACUAAAUUGAAAACCUCUGGAAUAUAAUCAAGAGGAAGAUGGAUGAUCACAAGCCAUCAAACCACCAAACUGAACUGCUUGAAUUUUUGCACCAGGAGUAAAGCAGCAUAAAGUUAUCCAAAAGCAGUGUGUAAGACUGGUGGAGGAGAACAUGAUGCCAAAAUGCAUGAAAACCAUGAUUAAAAUCCAGGGUUAUUCCACCAAAUAUUGAUUUCUGAACUCUGAACUUUAUGAAUAGGAACUUGUUUUCUUUGCAUUAUUUGAGGUCUGAAAGCUCUGCACAAUAUUUAUUUUUCUCAAACAUAAACCUAUAAAUAGCGAAAUGAGAGAAACUGAUUCAGAAACUGAAGUGGUCUCUUAAUUUUUCCCAGAGCUGUAAUUCAAGAUCAAGUCAGAUUACACAGAAAACACUAUCCAACCUGUUUACAGCUGUAGCACAAACCUUAGUUUAAAUAAUUCCCACCAAAACCCAUGUUGUGUUGGUUUAGCAUCACUAAUAAUAUGCUAAUUGCAAAAUGUGAGGUGAAUUUAGGCCGGAUAAGAUUAUCAGACCUUUAGCUAUCAAAAAUCCUAACAUAUCUAAUGAAAAACUGUGGUAGACAACUCUUGAUUUUUGUCAAUAUACUUACAUUUAUAGUAUUAUUAAUCCUUUUAUUUGCUAGCUUUGCUAGCUAGCUUGGUGCGACACCACAGUUUAGCACAGUAUAGAAGCAUUUUUAAAUCAGACACCCAGCAUUAUGCUCUGAACUUAUUCUUUUACAUUUUUUUCAAUGAUAAUAAAAAGGACCAUGGUUUCUGUGGGUGGGUACAGUAGAUAACGCUUUCUUCCUUAAUCAGUUUUAUUGCUGACCAGCACAGGCUUCUGUUAGCUGAUGUAUCAGAGCUGGGGAUCUGGUGCUUUCCUCCGAGUGUGCUGUUAUGUUGUCUAAUGAUGCUGCAUUGAUAGGUGGCAGUUGGAGAAAAAAAAGAGGCGGAGUCUUGUAUCUUCACAUGUAUCGGAGGAGGCAUGCGCUUGUCCUGCUUUCUAGUUUUGGAAGCAUCACAAAAUGAAGGGUGGGAUAAUUUGGGCAUCAAAUAAAUCAAUGUUUAAGCACUUAAUAUUAUUUUAGCUGGGAAAUGAUGGAAGUGGUGAAAUUAUGUAUAAGUAAAUAUGAAGGAAUCUGGUUAAAUUGGUGUUUUUGUCCCAAUUGGAACAGUGUUUGUUUGUGGUUCUACAUUUAUAUGUGGGUCCAAAUUGCUCUAGAACUGAUUAACUCAACUAUACAGUGUAUUCUGAUCCAUUUUGGGACAAUCGCCAAACACUCAUCCACCCUCAUUCACUCUCUCUCUCUCUCUCUCUCUCUCUCUUUCUUACCCUUCCUAACUGGAAAUGAGUAACAAUAAAUGGUUUUGGGAUUCUGACAUUUUUUAUUUUAAUUUUUAAACACAUAUCUUUUCCAUGAUGUUUAUGGCAAUCAUUGCAGAUGAGUUAAUAAUGUAUGCAUUAAUAUGUAUGUAGUGUAUUUUUUGAAAGCGAAUGUAAUCUACUAUGUAUCUGUGGUGAUGGCUGUGAUGUCUAUUGUUAAUAUCUCCUGCAGAAUGGCACUGUUAUUUUGGGCAGAUACUUAUUAUUAUUAUUAUGACUCAUUAAAAUGCAGAAGUCAGCA